GUUUUUCAUGGCUUCGUUUUGAUUUGAUCCAUCUGACGCCUGAUCCAAUCUCGCAAACACGAUCGCCAAAACAAACAUUGUUUUGCAGGGCAGAUGGCGGCUACGCAGCUAACCGCCGAUUUGCAUCCACUCCUAACCGAGUAUGUGAUUAAAAAGCUGCACAAAAAUCGUCUCACCACGGUGUACAGUUUCGUUAAGGUGGAAGCCGAACAACUGAUAAGAAUCACCAAUCUUCCCGCCGAAAGCAUCGUGCUGGUGAAAGAUCAACUAAUCGAACGGUUCGCCGGCCAGUGUCGGAACGGACAGACGCACCCAACGCAUCCUACCGUUCCGUUGGGCACGGGAAUAAACUCAAUCGAUGCAAUACUGCAAGGCGGACUAGUACCUGGUCACAUUUACGAGCUUUGUGGCAAAUCUGGCACGGGAAAAACGUUACUAUGUAUGACGAUCGCAGCGAAUGUGGUGCAGCAGCGCAGCUCAGUGUUUUACAUCGACACAAAGUGUGAUUUUUCCGGUCGCAAGAUACAGCAAAUACUGGAGAAAGGACAGCGUCAGCUUUCGGAGCAGGAGCUGGGCCACACCAUGGCCCGGAUUAAAGUGGAACGAAUCUUUUCUCCCGAGCUGCUGGUACAGGUUGUGGAAGAGUUAGCCAACGGUGCGCACCAGGAAGGGGACACGAAUCUUAAGCUGCUGAUAAUCGAUUCCCUGCCAUCGCUUUGGUAUCUGUUCCAAGAUUCCAGCAGCUCCAUCGAACCGUUGGGUUUGUUGACGAAGCUUAUCUGCUCACUGCGCAAGCUGGCUACGCAGCACAACGUUGCAGUGUUGCUGGUUAAUUUGGCCGUUCGAAUGGUUGAAGGAAUGGCGGGCAGUAGCGGCAUCGAGAGUAAACGAAAACUUUGCCCAAACGGAACCUACCCUGCGCUGGGCCGGUACUGGGAAAGUGCACCCGGUACCAGGCUUUUGCUCGAACUGGACGACGACGACGAUCAAUCCGACUCUAUCAACCGAUCCGUGCUGGUGUGGAAAAGCAAUUACCUUCGUACGGGUGAAAGGACGAUCAUUCGGAUGACGGGCGCAGGCGUUCGGUGAAGCAGAGCGAUCGUUGGUGAAAGAACAAAAAUAAAAACUGUAUCUAUUUCUAACCUGCUCCUGGGACUGUAAAUAAAAUUGCACCUCUCUAGCUAAUAUCUUACA